CUUGUGGGGGCAGGAUGUGAUUCACUUUAUGAUGGACUGGCCUGGCAGAGGGCGUCCCACAAGGGAGAAGACGGGGAAGAGAGCAACAAGCGAGGAGGGGAGGAAUAUUUUCAAUUUGACAUACAUCAGAUCCUGCAAAGCAUGAAUUUUAGCGCCACCUUGGAGAGGCCCGUGGCCGGAGACACGAGCCCCGAAGACGACAGCGUGGUGAGCAAUGACUUCACCACCACGGUGGGCGCUCUCAUCCUGGGCCUGGUCUUCCUGCUGGGCGUCCCCGGCAACCUGUUCAUCGUGUGGAGCAUCCUGGCCCGCGCCCGCCGCCGCUCCGUCACCACCCUGCUCAUCCUCAACCUGGCGUGCGCCGACGGCUUCCUCAUGGCGCUCACCAUCUUCUUCAUCGUCUACCUGGCCAAGCAGUCGUGGGUGUUCGGCACAGCCAUGUGCAAGGGUCUCUUCUACUUGUGCAACGUCAACAUGUACGCCUCCAUCUUCCUCAUCACGCUGAUGAGCGUGCACCGGCUGGUGGUGGUGGUCCUGCCCAGGAGGAUCUCGGCCAGGCUCAGUAGGAAGGCGGUCAGGCACGUUAUCGUGGGCAUGUGGCUGCUGGUGGCCGCCAUCGCCCUGCCCUCGUUGAUCUUCAGGGAUGUGAGGGAAGACAAAGAUGAGAGGAAUAAUACCAGGCUGGUGUGUGCGCCCAACCACACGCUGCCGACCUAUGUGAGGUUUCAGUAUUCCUUUGAGACGGUGGUGGGCUUCAUCCUACCUUACGCCAUCAUCACAACCAGCUACGUCCUCAUCCUCAGACGCCUACGGGAGACCAGGUUCCGCCGGAAGGUGCGCAGCGAGAACCUCAUCCUGGCCAUUGUGGUCAUGUUCUGUCUUUUCUGGCUGCCCUAUCACGUCAUCAACAUGAUUCAGGUGGCAGCCGAGUGGUACAAGGAGGGAUCACCCACACGAGAAACAUUGGAGAACAUUUACCAGUUGAGUCGUGCGGUUACGUCGGCUCUGGCCUUCAUCAGCAGCUGUGCCAACCCUGUCCUGUACACCUUCGCCGGAAAGUCCUACAUCAGAAAGAACGGCCUGGCCUUCAUGGCACGUCUCUUUGAGGGAACAUCGAUGGACCAGACUGUCAACAAAAGAAGCCGGGCGGCCAACAAAGGCAAUAUCGACCUCUCCAAUGUGGACUCCAGCAUGGCUUCAUCGGGAGCACAAAAUGGGACAUGAUACCUGAAAGGAAGUGACAUGUGUUCCAGUGGGAGCACGUUAAAAGGUCAACUGCAUGUGUUGAGACUUUGGUUAUGGAUCAAUAACCAAUUAAAACAGACUUUACAUUAAGCGGACUUUGAAUAACAAAGUCAUCACUUUGUUCGAUGCAACACAAGAGCCAUAUUAAUGUCUCUAUGACCUCUUUUCUGCCUCUCAAAAGCAGACAUCUUUGUAAAGGCAUGUGUGAUGCACUACUGAACAGUUUGUUUAUCUAAGGAAGUAGCCACUUGGUAAAAGAGCAUCAGUUUUUGAUGAAUUAAACAUUCUUGUCUGUG